CCUAGUCGCUUUUUUCUUGUUUUUGCCGGGAGAGGCCACGUUUUUUCUUUGGGGGUGGACCACCAACCCUCUUUCGAGUACCCCUCUCGCCUGUCGCCUGUCCUAUGGCGCCGCUCGCACCAAUUCCUCUGGCGCCGAUUCCGGCGAUGCCCGGGGCGCUGGCUGGGGUGAAGCCCAGAGGAAGGGGAGGCGUGCGGCCACGGAGUCUCGGGCGGCACUGGGCUCCCCUGGCCCCCCUGGCGCUGGUGGCGAUGCUGAGCCACACGCGGCCCGCGCAGAUGCCCAAGGCGCGGAGGAUGCGGAUGCAGCGCCGGCCCAAGGAGUCCUUCCUCCGGCCUACAGGCCUCAGCUGCCCGGCGGAGGUUUCAGGUUUUUCUGCGGGAUGGUGGCGGGGAAAAAUGGGAUCGAAGACCCAGGAGCUGUUCCUCACCUCGCCCUGCCGGAUGGAGGAUGCCCCAGGUGCGAGCCGCAGCGACGCCUUCAGCAAGUUGAGGGCCAAGCUGAAGAAGACCAGGAGCCGGAAGACCCUGGUGAAGCUGCUUCAGAAAGCCGUGGAUGAGGGAUGUACAGAGGUCAGCGUGUUCAGCGCGGCCAUGCAGACCUGCGGCAACCAGUGCUUCUGGGAGAGCCUGCUGGAGGUGCGAAGAAUGCAGCAGGAGGCGGUGAAGCUGGAUGCCAAGGGGGGCUCCAUCGCCCUCACGGCGCUGAACUGGUGCCUCAGGAAGAACGGGGUGAACGACGUGAGGGAGGAGCGCAAGGAGCCAGCGCUGUGCAUGGCACGGGAAAUCUGGCAGGAGGUGGGUGGCGCGAACGACGCGGUGCUGUCCAGCGCCCUGCGCCUUUGCGCGGAGUUGGAGUCGGAGACGGCGCGCAGCUGGGGGCUGAGCCUCUGGACAGAGGCCGCAGGCCUCGAGAGGAGCGACAUCGCACGCUCAGCCUUCAUCAUGAUGCUGGAGAAGUACGGGGACUGCGAGCGUGUGGAUCAGUGCCUGGAGGCGGGGAAGGUCAGCCCGGUGCUGCUGGGCGCGCUCUUGGACUGCGCCGCGGGGCGCCUGGACCUCGCGCGCGCAGAGCUGCUCUGGGCGCGCCUGGUGCUGGGUGGCCAGGUGAAGCCCAUCGAGUCCACCUACAAUGCCCUGGCCAGGGCCUACCUCCUCGCCGGCGAGCCAAAGGCAGCGGCGGAGAAGAUAGAUGAAAUGCUCAGCGAGAGGAUCGGCAAGAUCACUUGGAUCAACGCCAAGUUGUACGCCCAGGCGCUUCUGCUCAUCUGGCACUCUGAGCCCACUGAGCAGAACAAGGAGCGCCUGGCGCGCUUCGUGGGCGGCGAAGAGGCGCGGCGGGCCUUGGAGGACCAGCCCCCGAAACGGGCGCUGCAGGAGUGGGCGGCCCUGCGCAGCGCCGUGGAACUCGAAGAGCCGAGGUUGCAGGACGUGCUGGUGACGC